AUGAACGUAUUUGGUGCGCAAAAAGUGCAAAUCCGAAUUCCAGACACAACAACAAAGAACCUCCCCCCUGUGAAGCUGCGGAACAGCAGCACGGAGUCCUUUGAGCUGGUCACAGAGGACAACAAUGGAGGAAAGCAAGCAGCAGAAGUGCCGUUGACAGAGGAUGAGUGGGUCCCUCUAGAGCUGUGCUUUGGGAUGCCCCUCUUCAGCUCCGAGCUCAACCGCAAAAUAUGCAGAAAGAUCGCCUCGCACGGCCUCUGUAGCAAAGACAGCCUUCAAGACUUACUUCAUUCCAGCCGAAAACUAUCAUUGAAGGUUCUGAGUUUUGUUCAGUCAUUUCAGGAUGGCAGCCAGGGUCAGCCCGACCCUGACAGUGGAGUGUCCGGUCCUCUCAGCCAGCCCCCGGCCGAGUCUGGUGUUCCGCUGCCKGCUCUCAACCUCAUCUUCAAGGACGGACAGCUGAGGGAGUGGAGUGGACGAGCUCCUCCACCUCUCCACAUCUCAGCCCUGCAGACAGACCAGUCCUUAUAGACCCCUCCACAUCUCAGCCCUGCAGACAGACCAGUCCUUAUAGACCCCUCCACAUCUCAGCCCUGCAGAAAGACCAGUCCUUAUAGACCCCUCCAC